CGACCAAGUGUUUCGUAUCGCUAUAGCGGCGUCAGCAGUACAUUGGCAUCAGCAACCAGCGAUCGAGCUGGUCUACCACCAAAAGGACAGUCGUCGAGUACCUCGCAUGCUUCCAAAUACCAGCGUACAUCCUAUUAUCCGACAACUCGUGUUGGUUAUUCGCCCCAGUCCUAUGUCACAACCACAUUUGGAUAUGGCAGUAGCAGUGCUGCACCCUCGUCAGCAACCUCAACAACUCUGCGAUCACGUUCGUCGAGCUCUGUUGUACGAAGCGCAGAUGUUCGUGCGCGUGAAGUAUCAUGUCCAGAUAAUCAGAAAAGUUUGAGAUCGACAUCGUCAUCGUCAUUUUCGUCGGCAUCGGCCUCCUCAGCCUCAUCGUAUAUCGUCUCGCAGGCCUCCUCAUACGACAAUACGAAUACGACAUAUGUUGCACUGAAACCAACCGUUCCACCAACACCUCCUCCAGUGAAUCGUCCCACUGCAAAGGUAUUGCCAUACGAUGAACAAGGAACAGUGGUUGAGAUUGGUUACACGGGAUUGCGUAACAUUGGCAACACAUGUUUCAUGAAUUCCACGCUGCAAAUGCUCGUGAACUGCAAAGAACUGCAGAUUUAUUUUGGCAAGGGCUACUACAAGAAGGACAUCAAUAAAACCAAUCCGCUCGGUUUUAGUGGCCGUCUGGCGGAAGUAUUUGCUGAAUUCAUGAAUCAGAUGUGGAACGGAAUGAAUCGUGUUUAUGAGCCAACAAAAAUUAAGGAACUUGUUGCUGAGAAAGCAACACAGUUUGCAAAUUUUGCUCAGCACGAUGCACAUGAAUUCCUGAGUUUUGUACUGGAUGGGCUUCAUGAAGAUUUGAAUCGUAUACGCGCCAAGCCAACCACAAACACCACUGAAGCGGAGGGUCGACCGGAUAUUGAGGUAUCCAGAGAAGCAUGGCGUAACCAUCUGUUGCGUAACGAUUCCAUAUUUGUCGAUCUCUUCCAUGGCCAG